UGAGGGGGCCAUGAUUCUCCCGGGGCCCCACAGACGCUGGGAGCGGCCCUGUCGGAUGAUAAAGCAGUGAGCUCCUGGCGGAGACAUCGCUGCUGCUGUCGCCGUCACCACACGGUCUGAUGUCCGCCCCUGUCCGAACCGUCACCGCUCACCGCUUCCGUUCGCCCCGGACCGAGAGAAUGCGCAGCUCCCUGCGGGCUGACGGUGCCGUCGGAGGGGAUGUUGUGAAGGAGGCAGGUCGGAACUGACCGGAGCGCAGCAGAGGAGAGGAGAGGAGAGGAGAGGCGGACACACGCCUCCCAUCAGCGACACCGCUGCCCGCCGGACACACGGAAGCAGCUCGGCCCCGCGGCCCCUUCCCUCCACACCCGAUGCUGCACCGCGGUCUCCACGAGAAUCACCCGGACGCCCGAGCCUCUCUCCCUCCGUGACCGAGCAGGACACCCUCCAACCCAGGCCGUCGGCAGCAGCUGGCUCCGCAGCGAGCGUUAGCGGCUAACCGGCUAACGCACCCAGGUCUGGACCUCUUGGUCCAACACGAUGAUGAGCGAGGCGCAGCGUUUCAACUAUAUGCUUCGACGUUCCCAGUUGUGAUGAAAAGACAACGCUGACUCAAGACUGAACAUUUAUCCUGGAUGCCCGUGACACACAGGACGAGGUCAAUCCAAGAUGGAGAAAAAGAAAAUGUGCCCUCGCCUUCUCGACUACUUAGUCGUGGUUGGAGCAAGGCAACCUAGCAGUGACAGUGUGGCCCAGACACCUCAGCUCCUUCGCCGCUACCCACUGGAGGACCACCAUGACUUUCCACUCCCACCAGAUGUGGUGUUUUUCUGCCAACCGGAGGGCUGCCUUAGCAUACGCCAGCGCAGAGUUAGCCUCCGUGACGACUCCUCGUUUGUUUUCACUCUCACAGACAAAGACUCAGGAAUCACCCGCUACGGAAUCUGCAUCAACUUCUACCGCUCUUUUCAGCGAGGGCAUCACCGUACCCGCGGGGACAAGAGCGGCCACUCAGAGACAGCAGCGCAGGCAGCGGAGACCACUAGUGGCUCUGAUGGGAGCAGUGGAGGCUCGUCCUCUGUGUUAGCUCCGCCCAGCAACGCCGAGUCCGCACCUCCGCCUGCCUCCGGAGAAGAGGGCAGAAAACCAGGUGCCGAGCUAAAUGCCAGCAAAUCCCCUCAGCACAGACGAAGCGCUGUCAAGACGGCGGCCAGGAACCGCAACAGCACGCUGACCUCGCUGUGUAUUCUCAGCCACUACCCAUUCUUCUCCACCUUCAGGGAAUGCCUAUAUAUUCUGAAGAGGCUGGUGGACUGCUGCAGUCAGAGGCUUACGCAGCGGGCGGGGCUCCCUCGUGCCACCCAGAGAGACACCAUGUGGAGAGUCUUCACUGGUGCGCUGUCGGUGGAAGAGAAAGGCAGCCAGCUGCUGGCCGACCUGCGGGAGAUUGAAUCCUGGGUGUACCGGUUGCUGCGUUCACCGGUACCCGUGGCUGGUCAGAGACGCGUGGACGUGGAAGUGUUGCCCCAUGAACUCAAACGACCUUUCAACUUCGCCCUGCCGGACAACUCCCGCUUCUCUAUGGUCGACUUCCCCCUGCACCUGCCCCUGGAGCUGCUGGGUGUGGACGCCUGUCUUCAGGUCCUCAGCUGUAUACUGCUCGAGCACAAGGUCAUUCUUCAAUCCAGAGAUUACAACGCUUUAUCAAUGAGCGUUAUGGCCUUUGUGGCCAUGAUCUACCCUCUGGAGUACAUGUUCCCUGUCAUCCCUCUACUGCCAACAUGUAUGGCCUCGGCUGAACAGCUCCUUCUCGCCCCCACUCCCUACAUUAUCGGCGUACCGGCAAGUUUCUUUCUCUACAAAUCUGAUUUCAAAAUCCCGGAUGACGUGUGGCUUGUGGACCUUGACAGCAGCAAGGUUGUCGCACCCACCAAUGCAGAGCUGCUACCACCUCUCCCAGAGCCGGAAGCAGGCGAGCUUAAGAAACAUCUGAAGCAGGCCUUGGCCAGUAUGAGUUUGAACACCCAACCCAUCCUGAACCUGGAGAAGUUCCAGGAAGGUCAGGAGAUGCCUCUGCUCCCACCUGGACGAGACAAAGCCUCGCCGUCCUCCACAGAGUUCAACCCUCUGAUUUACGGCAAUGACGUCGAUUCAGUGGAUGUGGCCACCAGGGUGGCCAUGGUACGUUUCUUCAACUCCGCCAACGUUCUUCAGGGGUUCCAGAUGCACACUCGCACCCUGCGCCUCUUCCCCCGACCGGUGGUGGCUUUCCAGUCGACGUCUUUUCUUGCGUCUCGGCCGCGGCGCUCGAGCUUCGCGGAUAAACUGUCUCACACGCAGGCAGUGGAGUUUUACGGAGAGUGGGCUCUCAAUCCCACCAACCUCGCCUUCCAGAGGAUACACAACAAUGUGUUUGACCCGUCCUUAAUCGGAGACAAGCCCAAGUGGUACGCUCACCAGCUACAGCCAGUGGUGUACAGAGUGUACGAUGGAAGCUCCCAGCUGGUUGAAGCUAUGGCCGGUCCCUUGGAGGAUGAUGGCAACGAAUCUGAUCCCACUGACAGCGGAAGUGACAGUGAGGCAUACGACGACUCCAGCUCAUCUUAUUCCUCGCUCGGAGACCUGGUGAGUGAGAUGAUCCAAGGGGACAUCCAGGGAGAUACGCCAAGCUUGGACCCUCCUACCCACGCUGCACUGGGAGAUGCCAGUGAGGUCGAGUUUCAAGACUUCCAUGAAUUCAGGGAAGGUCAAGGCUCCGAGGGUCCGCUUGGUGGGGAGGGACCUGCUGAAGCCUCUGACGGACAACCUCUGCGCUCGAGCUCCAGCACGACCGCAAGCUCAAGUCCCAGUACAAUAAUCCAGGGAGUCAACAACGAGCAGGGGGAAGCACCUGAAAUUGAAGCGUCAGCCAGUGCUGCUUUACAGAACCCAGUCCCUGCACUGGGCAGUCAGCCGUUCCUCAGGCCUCCAGCCGACACUGGCCUGCAGGACCCAGCCAACAAAAAGCAAGAGUAUGAUAACCCAUACUUUGAGCCUCAGUAUGGCUUCCCCACAGAGGAUGACCCUGAUGCAGAGGAGCAAGUGGAGUCAUACACCCCUCGAUUCAACCAGAACCUCAAUGGCAACAAGUUGCAGCGUCCUUUACGUCCCAGCAGCUUGAGGCUUCCGGGAGAGUCUGACGGGGAGGGAGACUCCCGCAACAGCUCGCCAAACUCCACCAUCUCCAACAGCAGCAACGAUGGGUUUGGAGGCCUCAUGUCGUUUGCCAGCAAUCUCUACAAGAACCAUGGCACCAGUUUCAGUUUGUCCAAUCUCGCCCUCCCCAACAAGGCAGCGAGGGAUAAGUCCACACCUUUUCCGAGCCUGAAAGGCGCACGUGCACCGCGAGCACUGGUUGACCAGAAGUCUUCAGUGAUCAAGCACAGUCCCACAGUGAAGAGAGAAUCUCCCUCUCCUCAAGGUCGAAUCAACAACACGAGCGAGAACCAACAGUUCUUGAAGGAGGUGGUGCAGAGUGUUCUAGAUGGUCAGGGGGUCGGCUGGCUCAACAUGAAAAAAGUCCGGCGUCUGUUGGAGAACGAGCAGCUUCGCGUCUUCGUGCUGAGCAAGCUGAACAGAGCCGUCCAGUCGGAGGAAGACGCCAGACAGGAGAUCAUACGAGACGUGGAGGUGAGCAGGAAGGUUUACAAAGGCAUGCUGGACAUCUUGAAGUGCACAGUGUCCAGUCUGGAGCACUCUUACACAAACGCAGGCCUUGGAGGAAUGGCCAGUGUCUUCAGCUUAUUGGAAAUAGCACGCACGCAUUAUCAAACCAAAGACCCAGAAAAACGCAAACGAAGCCCCACAGACAGUGCUGGCAGCCCGGGGAGUAAAGAGAGUCCCACUGGUCGUAUGGAGACUGCCAGACCUCAGGGCCUCCUGAAUGUUCCCCACCUGCAGCUGCCGCACCACGCGACGGGCAAAGGAGCCCGCCAUUUUGAUACCCGGAGUCUGAACGAGGAGAACUUUAUUGCCUCGAUUGAAUUGUGGAGCAAGCACCAGGAUAAGCAAAAAGCUUUGGAAAAACCACAGAGGUCUGAAGGAGCAAAGCAGCAGCAGCGCCCCCAGGUGACCGAUGCAGAGGAGAAGAAAUCACAGAUCAGUGCUGACAGUGGCCUCAGUGUCACAUCUGGAUCUCAGAAGAGCGACACUGAGUCGGUGACGAGCUCAGAGCCUCCGAUCCUGACGAGAACAACCAGCCAGGACUCAGAGGCCAGCACAGUGAUAAGCAACAGCUCCGGGGAGACUCUGGGAGCCGACAGUGACCUGAGCAGCACGGCAGGAGACGGCCUCGGGGGGAGGGUGGCUCCUCACCUGAAUCAGUCCAGGGGGACGCUCUCCGACAGUGAGAUAGAAACCAAUCCAGCCACCAGCUCAGUGUUUGGGAGGACUCACACUCUGAAACCGGGCGCCAAAGAUCCCGUACCUGCUCUGGCGAAGGGGCCGCCUGCUCAGCCCAUGGAGGACUUGAGUAUGAGGAUCUACCUCUGUGAAGGCCUGCUGGGCCGUGAUAAGAGCUCCGUUUGGGAUCAACUAGAGGAUGCUGCCAUGGAAACCUUUUCUCUAAGUAAAGAGCGCUCCACGCUGUGGGACCAGCUGCAGUUCUGGGAGGACGCCUUCUUAGACGCCGUGAUGUUGGAGCGUGAGGGCAUGGGGAUGGACCAGGGGCCUCAGGAGAUGAUCGAAAGAUACCUGUCGCUGGGAGAUCAUGACCGAAAGCGCCUGGAGGACGACGAAGACAGACUUCUGGCUACUCUGCUGCACAACAUGAUAGCUUACAUGCUCAUGCUGAAAUUGAACAAAAACGACAUCAGGAAGAAAGUGAGACGUCUGAUGGGAAAGUCCCACAUCGGCCUCACGUACAGCCAAGAGAUCAAUGAGCUGCUGGACAAACUGGCAAACAUGAACGGCCGCGAGUUGUCCAUCAGGCCCAGCGGAAGCCGUCACAUCAAGAAGCAAACGUUUGUUGUUCAUGCCGGCACUGAUACCACAGGAGACAUCUUUUUCAUGGAGGUCUGUGACGACUGUAUCGUCCUGCGCAGCAACAUCGGCACGGUGUACGAGCGCUGGUGGUACGAGAAACUCAUCAACAUGACGUACUGCCCCAAGACCAAGGUGCUGUGCCUGUGGAGACGCAACGGCCAAGAGACGCAGCUCAACAAGUUCUAUACCAAAAAGUGUCGUGAACUCUACUACUGUGUUAAAGACAGUAUGGAAAGAGCUGCAGCCAGACAGCAAAGCAUUAAACCAGGGCCGGAGCUGGGCGGAGAGUUUCCUGUCCAGGACAUGAAAACGGGUGAAGGUGGACUCCUGCAGGUCACACUGGAGGGAAUCAACCUUAAAUUCAUGCACAGCCAGGUUUUCAUAGAGCUGAGUCACAUUAAAAAGUGCAAUACAGUGAAGGGAGUCUUUGUCCUGGAGGAAUUUGGUAAUUACACCAUCUAUUGAUUCUAGGCCUGUACUCGGCACGGCAGUAACUCAGCUUCAUGGCGAACGUAUGGAAGGGUUAAAUAAAUUGGAUGCUCGUUCUCGUGGAGGGGACGCUGAGACACCGACGUCUGCGGGUGUUAAAGUGAUGGAUGAAUUCUUUACAGGAUGUGGUUUUCUUUAGUUUAGCGCCAGCGACAGUUCACGGAGGCGUUAAAAGAGGGACAGACACACGUCUCUACAGCGUGGAGACAAGUGUGAGGACACAACAGCCUGACUAC